CACUUUUCUCCGCGUUUGUUGGCUAGCUUUGGCAUUUAUUUUCACUUUUGGCUCUGUUGUUCGGGGACAUGACGGUGGCGGACAGCAGAUAUCAGGAGACACGCGGCGCGCUUAGCUAAUGUUUGACUUAGCUUAACUUAGCCACCGUUGCUCGUUCAAACUUCGGUUACGUCCAAAUAAACGCGUCGCUGCCAUUUAGUCAAAGAGCUGAUGUUUGUGAACGCCUGUUAUUUAAUGAGGAGUCUCAGCACAUGGUUUGCUUUGUAUGUCUGAAUGGACUAAGCACGUAUUGUAUGCUUAGCUUAGUGGGUCAUUUUUAAACACAUUCAGUUCUUCUUGCAGUGUUGUGUAGGUCAAUAAAAUGCAAAUAGUUUGUUACUUCAACUUCAUAACAGCUAAUUAGUUUAGGACCUAAGAAAUGCAGACUACUUGCCAGAAACAAGCAGGAUUUUGUGGAAAAAAACUCAGGUUAAAGAAUCAGAGAGAUAAUAUUUUUUGACUUACGUGUCUUUCACUUUACCCAAAUAUUAAUUGGAACUGAUAAAUGUAGUUCUUUUUUUCUUUUAGAAGAUUAACUUCAGCUAUUGGUGCUGUUUAUAAUGCUUUUCUGUAAAUUGAGGUUAGUGAAUGUUCCUUGUGGUGCAAUCAGACUCACCAACACAUUGCCACACAACAUAAUGAGUGACAGUGUUGGGGUGAAACUAGUUUAGCCUGAGGUAAGGUCCAAACUAUUUGUUUAACGCUUUUUAAAAUGAUUCUCCACAGCGUUGUGGAGCGAGGUGUCGUAGGCCAUAGGUCAUAUGUCUGUAUAUGCAGUGUUAUUGUUAGCGGAUGCAGCUGCAUAUCUCUUUGUAUCAGGCUAAAACUUUGUGUCUGAUGCUGUGUCAAGUCACCUUGUUUGACCUGUUGGGGAAGUUUUUUCCUGUCAUGGUGGCAGUGUUGGCACGCUGUUAUGUACACGGGAGUGUCAGCCUUGCUGUUAACCCAUUGGACUUUGGUCACGUCAGAUUGCAGGGAUCAUAACCCUGGUCUUAAAUCCAGUGGUGUGGCUAAAGUUUGCUGUUAGUGUUUUGAAAGACGCAAAGUCUUCAUUAUCUUUGUUUCUGAUGUUGUCCCUCUUGUUCUCUCAAGUAUCAGUGAACAAAGUUCAUGGUGGGGCUGUGCACAGGAAGGGGCUACAUGGCUUCAGUUGCAGUUUGAAGAACAGACCUGUGAGACCUGGUCUUUGUAAAACACAUCAGGCACUGAGACAACCACAGAUAAAUGUGCUUCAACCGUUUCCUUUGUUGUGCUUCCCACGGGAAACAAUGCCUGUAGAAAGAAUGAGGAUGCGGCCGUGGCUGGAGGAACAAAUCAACUCCUGUCAGAUACCAGGACUCAAAUGGGUUAAUAAAGAAAAGCGAAUCUUCCAGAUACCAUGGAUGCAUGCUGCACGUCAUGGCUGGGACCUGGAGAAAGAUGCUCCGCUCUUCAUGAGAUGGGCCAUACACACUGGAAAGUACCAGCCAGGUGUAGACCGCCCUGAUCCAAAGACGUGGAAAGCAAAUUUCCGCUGUGCCAUGAACAGCUUGCCAGACAUCGAGGAGGUGAAGGAUAAAAGCAUCAAAAAGGGAACAAACGCUUUUAGGGUUUAUAAGAUGCUCUCGUUCUCUGAGCGAAGCCAGAAGAAAGGAAAGAAGAAAGACAAGGAGGGGAAGCCAAAGGGAAACAAAGAGUUAACGUCGCCAUUGCCAGACGAGACUGUUCUCAGCGCUCAGGCUGGACCUGUGGACUACACCAAACAGGAGGAGGUCAAACAGGAAGAAGUGGAGCUGACCGUGGCAGACAGCGCCCUGGCCAUUCACAGUUCAGUAGAAGACAGUGUCAUCACAAGCGAACAGCUGCCAUUUGUCUGUCAGACCAUCGAAGUGACCACUGAGAACGAAGAGCAGAUGGUCAGCUCCUCCCAUUCGUACCCACUCCAAAUCUCUCCUGUAUCAUCAUGCGGUGGCAGUGAAACAGACAGUGACACAGAAGAAACCAAAGAGGGCAUUGGUGCGAUCUGGAGGCGGGACUACCACACAGCAGUUCUCAGGGUUCCCCCGUGCUCUCUUCCGGGCAUGGCCACCUUUGUUGGCGUGAACAAGCCAAACUUCAAGGUCACAAGUACACGGGACCCAGCUCCACUCAUCAGCUACCACACUGACGGCUGGACAACCGCCUACAGCCAGAACUCUCACACGGCUUCAGCUACUGCCCACACCCAUGAGGUGCGCGCGAGUGUCAUUAUGAAAACGUCUGAUGUCACUUCGUCCUGACCCCAAACAGGAGAGUGUCGUCACUGCCUCGAGGGCAUAGACACAGCAGAGUAUGUUGCUUUCUUUCCCAUCAGGGCCGCGUGGGGCCUAAAGGGGCUAAUGUCCAGGUGAAAUUUUAAGGCCAGUCUUUACUCUGAGUUUGCAUCAAGUAAUUGAAAUCACCUUCCCACGUCUUAAAGGACUUCUGAUGAGAAGCGUGCUGGGGCUUGGUCAGGAUCUGACCCAUUAGACAUCACAUCAUCAUUCAUCAUCAUCAUCAUCAUCAUUCAUGUGUCAGUGGGAGACGUUUUAGUUUCCUCCGACUUUGUGCUAACACUUUAAAAUGACGUUUUAUCACGUUUUAGGUUGUUGAAUGAGAAACAUUUGUGACUAAUGAAUGAAAUGUUUUAAAGACAGUUUUAUGAGUUAUUACAGAUCAUGCUCAUAUUUACCCUCUGUAAUUAGGAUGUGUGAUGUCUAAUCACCUGAAACUGGAAGCACUUGCCUAUUGCUCAAAGGUAGUGUAAGUGUGUUACCAAGAAAAUAGCCUAAAAGCCUUUAGGAGACACAUGGAUGGAAAAAUCUAAGAGCAUUCUGUGCUCGUAUUAAACCCUGAUUAGAUCAUGUCAUGGGGAAAUCGCAUUUUGGAUGAACAAACAUAUUCAGGAUAAGGAAUAAUCAGCAUGAUUCAGCCCUGCUGGCCUCACGCUGGAGCCCCUGCUGUUUAUGUUUGUGUCUGUCUGAACAUCUCAGGACCGUGUACCUGCCAAACACACAGGCAGAUCAACUGACAGACUUUCUCCUACUGUUAAUAAUGUAAAUAGCUUGUAUGAAUGUUUGCCUGCAGGCCGCUUCAGCACCUUACGGACAGCACUAAUGAGUGUGUGUAUGUGAGAGAGUCUUUAUUGAACAUGUGUGCCUUUUUAUUAGCAUGUGGCUGGAUCCAAACUAUCUGUGCUUUAGUCUGCUGGUGAUAUGAGCAGGUGGCUGAUAAGAAUGAAAACUCUCUUGCUAUGUUUGCAAUGUUUUGAAUGCAGUUAUUGAUGUAGUAGUGACUUAGGUGAGACAUCGGAUUGUGUUAUGGUACUACCAUCAUUUAAUGUCUUGUUAAAGGAAGGAGCAAAGUGCAAUUAUCAGUUACAGUCAUAUGCAUUUAAAAGAGGACGUGAAAGGGGGUGAGGAGCAGGGCUUCAGGUACAUCAGCAGAAGUCUAGCCAUUGUUUACUGUUUUUCAAACUUGUCUGUGGAGCCAAACCUCUUCAUUUCCCAAAUGAGUUUGGUGCAGAGGCCAGAGAGCAAUGAACUAGAGCAGCAUAGGAAUAUACAUUCUCUUUAUUUAUUUCACCAUCAUUAACAGAAGCAAGCGUGAUGGUUUAAAUUAAGCGUAACUGGCUUUAAGUAACCUACAAUGUGAAAUGUUUGGUUCAGCUUCUUAGUCAUAGUAGCAGCUAGCAGGCUAAAGCACAGAAGCCCUUCCACAAAGCGCCAGGGGAACAGCCUGAGCACUUCCUGUGGGAGAAGCUCCUGGAGGGUUUAACACUGGAUGGACAUUUGUACCAUUAUCACUGAGUUCUGGGGGUUCGGCUUUACUUAACGGCCAACGUGAAAACGCUUUACCAAAUGUUUCUUCCAUGUGCCUACACUUGGAACUUGCUUCACUUACCGAACCCUAGCUGGAAGUCGUCGUGCUUCUCUGUGGAAAGACCUAAUGAUAGUUCUCUGUGGAGAUGCUACUUAACCUGCUAUAUUUAAACAAAUGUAUGCUCACUUCUUUGACGGCUCUUUUGCGUCUUCAUCUUGUUGCUGUUAGGAGUUUCCACAUCAGUGGACAGCUGGAAAACUGUAGUUGUAAUGACCAAAUAAUCACGUUUGUUGUGCCAUAAUAUCCUGACACGUACAUGUGAACAGCACUUCAGUGAAGUUUAGUUAAUUGUUUUUAGUAAUGACGCUCUACAUAACCAAGAUCAAACUCAUCAAAUACGUUAGUGUACGUUGCCUCAAAAAAUCAUAAUAUAAUAGAGUAACUAAAGUGCACUUAUUCCUGUGUGAGUGUGUCUCUGCUUCUGUCUCUAUUUAAGUGAUGACGUAUUCGCCUACAAGCAGUAGCAAAAGAGCAUUUUAACAAAUUUACUUCUGUCCGACUUGUUUUUCUGAAUCGUUUGUCUUCAGCUGAGGCGUGUCUCAUUCCUGCGUUUUACUCAUACUAUGAAGCACAUGAUCAUUUAGCUGAAAGAAAAACAACAGGUAAUUGCUCUGCUCGCUGGGGGUUUCCUUCGCUCUGUCACCACUGUUUGUUCUGUGUAUAUUACAUGUGAAUCAUGUAAAUCUGAAUAAAGUUUUUUUUUGUUUUUUUUAAUUUA